AUGUCCGCACGAUCUAACUCCAGUUUGUAUUUUGAUCCAUCCGAUUCGGGCUCUCCUGGCUCCCUCGGUAACCUCGUGGUUAGGAAGGCCGACAAUCCCCACAGCAAAACUCCAUACCACGUGCACGUCAGCUCCUCCGCGGUCGAUAGCGAAGACUCGCCUACGUCGGAGAGCACCAGCGACGGACAAAGCUCUGAUUCGUCGUCAUCGCCGGUGGUCUUCUCGCCUGCUCUCGCCGUACCCGCCGACGAGUCCACCUCUGGGACCCAACCAUCACGCGUUCGCGUGGAUAGCCAAAGCUCAGCCAACACAAUCCCUAACCACGACAGCAAGGAUGGCUCGCCAACCACCGCUAUCCCCUCGGAGGACCUCUAUUCCCUCGCCGGUCUCCCCGUGCUGGAGGAUUCCAUCCCUGCCGAAAACCUUCCUGACGAGCUCAUCGUGCACGACCCCCACGAUCUGCCGUAUCCCGUGCGCUACGUCCGCGUCAACCCCGUGACGAAGUACUCGCGCCAGUUCGCCUUCCCCGUCCGCGACCCCAGGGACGCCGUCCCUCCCCGCCGCGUUGCGCAGCUCCAUCUGGCGAACGACAACCACAUCGGGAACGGCGCCCACUCGACCGUCUUCCGCGCCCCGCUGACCCUGCCUCUCGCGGCCGGCUCGGAGGUGGCGACGCGUGUGCGGGUCGUCGCGAAGACUCCUGCGCCCGAUUGCGGCUCGCACCGCCAGCUGCAUCAGGAGGCGAGGAUGUACCAUUCGUUCCCGCGGACGCUCUACGAGCAGCACAAGCAGCAGGAGUACGUCGCGAAGCCCGUCCCGGUCCCCACGGCAGCGGCCGACGCUGUCAUUAGCGAUGGGGCGAGCGCGCUCUCGUCCUCUCAAUCUUCCGAUGAGCCCUCCAUUCGCGUGGGCGGCGGGAGGCGCAAGCUCUCGUGGCGCGAGCAGUUCAAGCUCAAGAGGCCGGUGCUGAAGUUGACGGGCAAGAAGUCGUCCACCACGGCUGCCGGCUCGGAGGCGUCCUUGGCCAGAGCACCUCGUAGCGUAGCUCAAGGCGGUAUCGUGCGCGAGCUCACGACUACUGAUGUGGCGCCUGUGGUUCCCAAAUUCUACGGAUACUACCUGCUGCUGAAGCCCGACGGGACGAUCUACUUCGACACGCACGACGAGUGCGACGAGGACGGCACGUGCGAGGUGGCGUGGCCUCCCGCGAUGCUGCUGAUCGAAGAUUGCGGGAGUCCGAUCCAGCCGGCGCUCUUCAGCGACGCACAGCGAUGGGAGUGCCACCGCCUGCUGGAAAGCCUGCAUGCCGCCGGGUUCAUCAUGCGACAGCCCGCCAUGACCACAGACAAGAUGCUCGCCCAGCCCGGCCCGCUCACCGCGCCGCGUGCAGAACGCUCCCUUGCAACGCCGAGCUUUCGCCUCGUCGACUUCGGCCGCGGGUUUGCGCGGUCCAUCUCCAAGCCGGAAGGCUUCGAGGAGUUCUGGCAGGAAUGGUGCGAUCACGAGUCGGAUGGCGCCUUCGAGGCCCUGCAGCUCGAUCAUACCUCCUAA